GCCCGCUGCGGGCCGUGAGCUGGAGACGCUCGGCGGAGCGUCUGGCAGCGGCGUAGGGCGGCCGUGCCGCUCACACUCAUGAGGAACAGGAAGCUCACAGGUGGAGUGCGAUCCUCCGCGCGCCUGCGGGCCCGAAGUUGCUCUGCAGCCAAUUUGGCCUCUGCCCAGGACGUCGCUGGCUCUUCGUCUGCCAAGACAGCAUGUCUGACGACUUCAUCACACAAGGCCCCAGACAGACGAAUUUCCAAGAAGUUCAAGUAUGACAAAGGUCACCUUUUGAAGGCAGAAUUACAGAGACUUGUCCCCAAAAGUGACAUUGCUGCUGUGCCAAAAGUGGUUCCCACAGCCCCUUGUGAAAAUGAGCUUGCAGAAGGGGGUGCCCAGCUCACAGACGGCGAGACUGUGAUCCCUGCCCAGCAGGAGAGUGCAGGUGUUCUUCCUGGCCGCUGCCAAGCUGUGAGUGAGAGUGAGGCUCCCUCAGCAGAGACUGAAGAUGGCCCGUCUGCAGCAGAACCCAGCUCUGGUGCACCAGCCCAGGAGCCAAACAGCAGUUCCAGCAGGCAGGCCGAGCCUGUGCUCCAAACAGAGGCAGUGCAGGCACCUCAGCUUCUCAUGGACAGCAGCGUCUUUCAGGAUGAUGACAGCAAUCAGCCCAUGCCAGUGAGCCGCUUCUUCGGGAAUGUAGAGCUCAUGCAGGACCUGCCACCAGCCUCUUCAUCUUGCCCUUCGAUGAGCAGACGAGAAUUCAGAAAAAUGCAUUUCAGAGCCAAAGACGAUGAGGAUGACGAUGAUGCAGAAAUGUAGAGAAUGGCUUCUUUGUGUAUUUUUAGUAUAGUUAACAACUGGACAGUAAGGUUUUAGAUUUCCACAAAAUGUAUCUCCAAGAGAAUGUUUUUAAUUGAACUUCAAAACUGAUCAAAGACAUGGCACAAAACACUCAACACCUGUGGAAGGUUCCUCCCAGAAACCCGUGAGCUGCUGCUGCUGCUGCUCCCGUAGCUUUCUUUACCUUCACCCACGAACCACCCUGCCUGGGUCAGCGAAGGCAGAACACAAGAGCCAUCUGUGUAAGGAAACCCAUAAGCAUGCUAGUGUUGAUGAUGCAUAAGCUUAUUUUACGUUAGCCAAGUGGAAUCAUUCUUGAGAUGAAUUCAGAGCCAGUUCUUAGACUUUCCUCUGCUUAUCAAUGUGAGCCUAAUUGUUUAACUUGAAAAUUUUACAGAAUGCUUAUAGGAAAGGAAUAAAAUCUAUUUUGAAAAUA